AUGGCACCAUGCGUACUCUGCUCGACUUUGUCAUCUGGGACCGGCCCCCAGGUACCCAGAAGAGCGAUCCUCAAACGACCCAAGACCGGCCAGGCGAUCUGUCGAGAAUGCUUCUAUCUGAUCUUCGAGACCGAAAUCCAUCACACGAUCUUAGGGCUAGGAAAUCAGGAGAAGCGUCGGUCUGAAGAGAAGAAAAAAACACCAGACGGCUCCCAGGAAACCGACGAGUCCGCGCACAGGGGUGGGAUGAUGUUUAAAGAAGGAGAGAAGGUCGCCAUCGCCGCUAGUGGUGGAAAAGAUUCGACCGUCUUGGCUCAUGUGAUGACGACUCUUAAUGAACGUUACAACUACGGCUUGGAUCUCUACCUGCUUUCAAUCGACGAGGGUAUCACAGGCUAUCGAGACGACUCUUUGGAGACGGUCAAGCGGAAUUCGAGCCAAUAUUCACUCCCAUUGAAAGUACUGUCGUACGAUGAGCUAUAUCAGGGCUGGACGAUGGAUAAAGUGGUGGAAAACGUGGGAAGAAAGAGUAACUGUACUUUCUGCGGGGUGUUCAGGCGCCAGGCCUUGGAUAAAGGGGCCGACCUAUUGAAAGUCGACCACAUUGUGACCGGCCAUAAUGCAGAUGAUGUGGCUGAGACAGUCCUUAUGAAUGUAUUGCGUGGUGAUAUCGCUCGAUUGGAAAGAUGCACUGAAAUCACUACUGGGGGCACCACCAAGGGCUCUUCCGGCAUUCCCGUAAAGCGGAGCAAACCAUUCAAAUACGCAUACGAGAAAGAAAUCGUGAUGUAUGCUUAUUUCAAGAAGUUAGAUUACUUUUCGACUGAAUGUACAUAUUCGCCUGAAGCCUAUCGGGGACACGCCAGAGCGUUAGUCAAAGACUUGGAACGUCUGCGUCCGUCUGCGAUCCUAGAUAUAAUCUACAGCGGAGAAUCGAUGGCGAGUGCCGUUAAGAGCAACGUCAAACGUCCCACCCAACAAUCUUGUCUGAGAUGUGGCUCCUUGGCUAGUCAGUUACUCUGCCAGACAUGCGCUUUGAUUGACGGUUUGAACGCUAGUAAUAACAAAGUUGGAUCAUCUGAGGCUAAGGUCCACACUUGUGGAGCUGACCAGUAG